UUCCUGCGUUUCGGCCCCGAAGUCAUUUCCCUGGCGGGUCUGUGCUCCCGGGGCCGUGGCGCGUUGCAGGCGUCUUUUCCGGACCAGGACCCUCCUCCGCGCCUUCGAACGAGCCUUGACCGCCGUGACGCGAGGUCCCCAGGGUCCGGACUGGCCGCGCGCUCUCCGCGGGCCCAGAGUGGGCGCCCCGGGCCCAGUGAGCCUUUUACACCCGGGAGACCGAGGCUAGGAGUGCGACCCCCAGCCCAGCUCACACCUCGCCCAGUGCAAAGCAAGUAGGUUGAGCCCACGACACCCGCCUCAGUCACCCGCCUCGAUGGCGGCGGCGUUGAGGCACCAGGCGCAGGUCUGUGUGACCUUUGAGGACGUGACCAUUUACUUCUCCCAGGAGGAGUGGGGACUCCUUGAUGAGGCUCAGAGACUCCUGUACUGCGACGUGAUGCUGGAGAACUUUGCACUGAUAGCCUCACUGGGACUUAUAUCUUUCAGGCCCCACAUAGUUGCCCAGCUGGAGAUGGGGGCAGAGCCCUGGGUGCCUGACAGAGUGGACAUGUCUUCAGCCAUGGCUAGAGGGGCAUAUAGUGGGCCUGGCUCUGACGCUUGCCGUGGAAUGGAGGGUAAGAAGUCACCUUCUGAGCAAAGUGUUUCUGUAGAAGGAGUGUCACAGGACAGGAAUCCCAAGGCAUCUCUAUCUACUCAGAAGGACUACCCCUGUGACAUGUGUGGCCUACACUUGAAAGACAUUUUGUAUCUGGCUGAACACCAGGCAACACAUCCCAGUCAGAAACCGUACAUGUAUGAGGCAAAUGGGAGAGAGUUUGAGUUCGGUGCAAACCUUCACCAGCAAAAGAUGCAGCAGGAUGUAGACAAGUCUAUCAGAAGGGAGGAGGGUAGGGCCUCCCCUGUGAAGAGCUGCAGAGAUGACACAUCUGAGAAACCUUUCGCAUUCAGCGAGGGUGGGAAGGACUUUGUGGCCACAUCUGGCUUUCUGCAGCAUCAGGUCCCUCACAAUGCAGAGGAGCCACAGCAGGGCACCGAAGCUGUGGAGGAUUUUCACACUGUGCAAAGUCAUAACAAAUGCAGUGAUGUUGGGAACACUUUCAGUAACAAACCCACACUUGAUCAACACCAGAGAACCCACCCUGGAGAAAGGCCUUAUGAGUGCAGCAAAUGUGGUAUGUUCUUUAGCCACACUGCUGGCCUCUUACAACACCAGAGAGAUCAUAAUAGAGGAAAGCCUUAUGAGUGCUGUGAAUGUGGGAAAUUCUUUAGCCAACACUACAGUCUCAUUAAACAUCAGAGAGUCCACACUGGAGAAAGGCCUUAUGAGUGCAGCGAAUGUGGGAAAUUCUUUAGCCAAAGCUCUAAUCUCAUUCAACAUAAGAGAGUUCACACUGGUGAACGGCCCUAUCAGUGCCCUGAAUGUGGGAAAUUCUUUAACCAAAGCUCCAGCCUCAAUAAUCAUCGGAGACUUCACACCAGUGAGCGGCCUUAUGAAUGCCUGGAAUGUGGGAAAACCUUCAGACAAAGGUCUAAUCUGAGACAGCACCAGAAGGUUCACAAACCAGACAGACCAUAUAAGUGCAGUGAAUGUGGAAAAGCCUUUAGCCAAAGGCCUACCCUCAUUCGGCAUCAUAAAAUUCACACUAGAGAAAGGAGUGCAGAGAAUGUGCUACCUCCUUCAAUUCAAGAACACACACUAGAGAGAAGCUCUGAGAGUAGUUUUUAUAAGGGAGCCAUCAGCCAGAAGUUGAACCUUGUUCAUCCAAAUAUUCACACUGGGGAGAUUCCCUAUGAAUGCUAGAUAUGUUGGAAGCUUUCUGGAGCUAAAUUGCAUUUUCAGACCAUGGACUUUACCAGAGUUUUGUCACUGCUGGUGUUUGUGGCAGAAGCCAUCUCAGCUCUACCCACUGGCAGGUCUCUAGAGUGUGUGGCAGCUGCUUCCUUGUGCUUAGGGAAGGCAGAGCUCUGUCCUUUCUAAGAGAGAAUGAAGUAGCCUGUGGCCAUUAGAGUGCCUCAUUCCCUUCCAUUGCGACUGGUUUAGCUGUGCUCAUGACCCAUCUCUGGCCGUGAAGACUUGAGCUGGAUUCUGCUGGCAGCUUGCUGAGGUUUCCCUUUUUCAAGAACAUUGUUGAUCUCAUAUGAUGCUCAUGGUGAAUUUACCCAGCCACUGUAUUACCCAUCCAAACAACUACCUAUUUUAGAUUGCUCUGGUUAGGUGAUAAUAAGGGUCUUAUUGAUAAAGCCACCUUUAAUCUUCUGUGUUCUGAUCACUGUGUGUAAUGGAUUGAGAACAGAAUUAAGGGCUACCAAAUGAACAGGGUUUCCAAAUUUAUUGCCUCAGAAGGAACAGCAGGAUGGCAGAGAACACCUCUCAGUCCAGAUUUGGCUUCGUUUGUAUUAUGCAAGACCUCCUAGGUAAAAUCGUAGAGCUUUUGGCCUAAUUUGGUCUGAAUUAGCUUGUUUUUUUGUGGACUAGAAAUUACCCUGAUGGGGGGCAUUUAUGACAAACUCCAGUGCAUCUGAGAGCAGCACAAAUUAGGUCCCUUUUUCCCAGAGAAUGCCUCAUGUUCCAUAGCACUAUUGGACAGACUCUGUUUACCUGGCACCUGCCAAAUAGCCAUAUACCUUGAAGUCUAACAUCUGGUUUACAGGUGUCUCUAACUGUAAGACUUACUGGGCCCAGUUGGGACCAUAAUUUGUACAGAAACACUGGGCAGGAGGUGAUAACAGGGAGUAAAUGAGACUACAGCAAACUAGAGGGAAUGUACCUGUUCUAAAACUGAAUCCUCAAAUGUUCCCUUGAAUCUGACUGUGCAGAAUUCAGGCUUUACAGAAAUUUUCAAGGCCUCCAGAUAUCUGUCCUAUGAGUAAGGUCACUGGCAGAGCAAAUAAACUAAAGGUUUUGUGGAUUACUGCAGGCUCACUGCACUAUUCAUCUCAAGGUCAUUUCUUAAUAGGCAGGAAAAUGGUGACUGAGAGGAGGUAGAUCCUGUACUCUAGGGAUAAAGCAUUUGUGACAGCCUUUUUUUGCUGCCAAAACAAGUAGAGAUAGUCAAUAUAAGGUUGCCAAAUCUUCCAGUUUUCUAAAAUGAAUGGAGAUCAGAUUUUUAUGUGCAACCAUUUCUUUUAAUGCUUUGUUGAGAUAAAAUUGUUAGCCAAUAAUUGACUACACAUUUGAUGCGUACACUUUGAUAAGUUUUUAAAUGUGUAUAUACUCAGGGAACCAACACUAUAGUCAUGAUGAACCUAUUCCUCACCCAAAGCUACCUUGUGCUCUUUAUUAUUCCUCUUUGCCUUCCCCAGGAAAAUAUUAGCCACAUCUCAAGGAAUCUGUUGAUUUACCUUUUUUCACUAUAGAUUUGUCUUUUCUACAAUUUUAUACAAUCAAAAUCAUAAAGUAUUCUACUUUUGGUCUGUUUUCUUUCAUAUAGCAUAAUUAUCUUGAGACUUUUACAUGCUGUAUGUAUAAAUAGUUCAUUUAUACAUGCAUGCUGAGUAGUGCUCUAUUGAAUGAAUCCACCAUAUUUGUUUGUUUUAUUUUUUAAAUUAAAAUUCUAAUAAAAUUUACCAUUUUAACUAUCUUUAAGUGCACAACUCAGCGGUAUUAAGUACAUUCAUAUUAUGUAACCAUCACCACCAUUCAUCUCUAGAACUCUGAAACUCCACACCCAUUAAAUAAUAACUCCAGAUUCCCCCCUCCAACUUCACUCUUUGCAUGUGGAUAUCAUCUUACAACUGAUUGAUCUUAGCAUCCUUAUUGAAAAUCAUUCCAUAUAGUGAGGGUUUAUUUCUAGGCUCUUUUCUAUCCCAUUGGUCUAAAUGUCUUUCUUUAUGUGAGUAUCUCACUGCUUUCAUUAAUGUAGCUUUGUAGUAAGUUCUGAAAUUGGGAAAUGUAAGUCCUAUGACAUUGAUCUCUUUCAAGAUUGUUUUUAGCUAUUUGUGGUCCCUCAAGGUUCCACAUGAAUUUUAGGAUAGUUUUUUUCUGUUUCUGCAAAAAAGUUAUGGGAUUUUGAUAGGGAUUGCAUGAAAUCUGUAGAUUUCUUUGGUAGUAUCGACAACAAUCAUCCAACUCAUGUACGUGGGAUGUAUUUCCAUUUAUGUCUUCAUUUCAGAAAUGUUUUGUAGUUUUGUAGUACAAGUGUUCACCACCUUGGUUAAGUUAAAGCUUAAGUAUUUUUUCUUAUUGAUGCUAUUGUAAAAGGAAUUGUUUUCAUAAUUUCCCACUCAGAUUCUUUCCUAUUAAUGUGUAAAACUGUGACUGAUUUUUCUA